AAUAAAAAAAACACGUUAUAUACCAAAAUUCCCUUGGCUUGGGUCACCAAGACUGAAUAAAACUCAAAUUAAACCCAGUUCAAUAACUCUAUACCCAAACAGACGGAAAGGAACCGAAACAAACACGCCGUGAAUUCAACGGCCGUCAACCGCCACCACAUCUCCGUCGUCCCCAACCCUAACAACAACCAAUCACCGAUCACUUUCUUCCUUCUUCACAAUCUCUACUCUCUAUACACACACAUCAUUCUACUUCACCACCAAUCACCCUCUCAAUCAUCCUAGAUCCACACAUCUACUACCAGAUCUGGUCAAUCAAAUGGACGAUUUCGGUAUUCUAGCUCGAGAUUUCGGAUAUAAACCCCAAGGAAAGUCCGCUCCCAUGAAAUCCGCCACCGGAGACUUCCGUACGCGACCUCCAUCAUCGCCGUCGCCUUUUUCCGACGAUCGGAUAUUCAACGAUCGUAGUUUCACCGGCAGUAACCCUAGAUCGACACCGGUGACGUCCGAUAUCGAUUACGAUUCGAUUUUCAACAAUUCGUCAUCUGCGAAUAGUAAUACUAUUAAUAACGAGUCUAGGUUUAAAUCCACGUCUUCGAAUUUGCCGGUUUAUGAUAAGCCGGUUUAUGAUGACGAUAUUUUCGAAGGAUUGCCUGGAAUGAAGAACAAAUCUAUGUAUUCUUCUGCUCCGACGAGAUUUGAUGAUGAUAUUUUUGCGUCGGUGAACGCUUCGCCGCCUAAACGGAGUCAACAUAGUAAACAGAGUGAUGGUUUUGAUGAUCUGUUAGGGAAUCUAGGUCGAACGGAGAAGGUUGAGCCGGUGAAGCAUAAGGCUGGGAGGAAUCUAGGUCAACAGAGUGAUCAUUUUGAUGAUUUGUUUUCUGGAUUUGGAAGCGGUGGUCCUGCGGCCAGUAAUAGAUCGGAUUCAGAGUCAGUGCCAAAAUCAUCUAACAGCACAAAGGCAACUUCUAAUGCAACAGAUGAUCCAUUUGUGGUUCUAGAGUCGACGUCAACCCGUACGGGUUCAUCCCAGGGUGCUUUCAUCGAUCCACUGAAAUCAAUUCCUAAGGUUAGUAAAUCUCAAAGCACAAAUGCUGGAAGAUCACCAGUAAAGAGCAGUAUGUUUGAUGACUUAGACCCCCUUCAUGAAUUUGGUAAGCCUGCACCUGCGUUCUCAAGUGAGAAUAAUAACCGAAAGAACGAUCAAAGUCCUUCCAAAGGAGCUUCGAGUAUGGGCCGAUCAAAAAGUUCAACACGUAGAGAGCCAACAGAGAAAUCUUCUUUUAUAUAUCCUGAUAGCCAAUCACAGAACGAUUUUCAAGAUACUCAGCAACCAAUUUUUGACAUGCCACCUGUCAAUCGGGCUACAUCUCCACCUUCAUAUACCGACUCAAAUUCUCAAGCGGCCAUGUCUCCCUCAUCAGAAGAAAACGAUAUAUGGCUCACUGUGUCUGAAAUACCUCUGUUCACACAACCUACGAGAGCUCCACCACCUUCAAGACCACCGCCUCCAAUACCAAGACGUUCUUCAAAAUCUGAAAGAGUACAUUUUGCUUCAAAUACCAGAACAUUCGAGAAUGAUUCCCCCAAUUAUGCUAAAUACACUCAAAGUUCUAACCCUUUCCAAUCUCCAGCCAAGAGUCAUAUGGCUUCUCCACUAGAUGAGUUUGAGAAUUUUGCAAUGGGUGGGAGUGGGACCCACGAAAACGGUGAGAACAAUGCUUACGGUGAAGAGAUUGAUUCAAACUCAGCUGCUGCUGCAAUGAAGGAUGCUAUGGACAGGGCUGAGGCUAAAUUUAGGCAUGCAAAGGAAGUAAGGGAACGAGAACAUGCAAAAGCUUCUAGAAAUAAAGAAUCUGUGAAACCACAAAACGAUGAAACGUCCACAGAAGAGGCAAAACGGCAACAAAGAGAGAAGGAAGAACGAGAACGAGAGCGAGAGAAAAUUAGACUUGAAAGAGAAAGAGAAAGACAAGCUGUGGAGAGAGCUACACGGGAAGCGCGUGAAAGAGCAGCAGCUGAGGCCCGUGAGAAAGCAUCUGCUGAAGCGCGAUUAAAGGCUGAACGUGCUGCAGUUCAAAGGGCACAAGCAGAGGCGCGUGAGAGGGCAGCUAUUGAUGCAAAAGAAAGAGCAGAACGAGCUGCGAGGGAAGCCAGGGAGCGGGCUUCAGCAGAAGCUAGUGAGAAGGCUGCUGCAGAAGCCAGAGAGAAAGCAGCCAGGGAGAAAGCUGCUGUUGCAAAAGCUGAAGCAGAUGCACGGCGUAGAGCAGAACGUGCUGCUGUUGAUAAGGUUGCUGCCGAGGCUAGAGAGAGAGCUGCUGCUGAAGCUAGAGAUAGGGCUGCCGCCGCUGCUGCCGCCAAGAUCAACCAACAAAAGAAUGAUAAUGACCUUGAAUCAUUCUUCAGUUCUCGACCAAGCAGUGCCCCAAGACCCAGGCCAACUUCUGAACCUGCACCUGAUCCACUAUUCCAGAACAGACGGGGACAGGAAGGGCCUCAGAGGACUUCCACAGCUGGAGCAUCCUCAAAUAUGAGGAAAGCAUCUUCUACCACCAAUAUUGUUGAUGACCUUAGCUCAAUCUUUGGAGCUGCUCCUUCAUCUGCCCAAGAGUUCCAAGAUAUUGAAGGUGAAACAGAGGAAAGACGUAGAGCUAGGCUUGAAAGACAACAACGCACUCAGGAGCGUGCGGCUAAAGCGCUGGCAGAAAAGAAUAACCGUGAUCUUCAAACUCAGAGGGAACAGGAAGAAAGAAACAGGAUUUCUGAAACCCUGGAUGUUGAAAUCAAGCGUUGGGCUGCCGGGAAAGAAGGAAAUUUGCGUGCACUUCUAUCAACCUUACAAUAUGUUUUGUGGCCGGGAUGCGGUUGGCAGCCUGUUUCAUUGACUGAUUUAAUAACGGGUGCCAAUGUGAAAAAGGCGUAUAGAAAGGCGACACUGUGCAUCCACCCUGACAAGGUGCAACAAAAAGGAGCUAAUCUUCAACAGAAAUAUGUUGCCGAAAAAGUGUUUGACCUGCUUAAGGAGGCUUGGAACAAGUUUAACUCAGAAGAGCUCUUUUAAGGGGUGUGAUGAAUGAUUGUUUUUGAGUUUUAAAGAUAUGCACAUGGUGUCCAUAUUAUUGCCUGUUGCUUUCAGUCGAGCGCAAAGACUUCACAUGUGCUCCAAAGGUAAUGGUGACAGGGGUAAGCAAGUCAGUCGUCUGUUGGUCGGGUGUAUAUUAGUGUCAUAUUAUAAUUGUGGAAUGAAUAUGUGGAAAUUAUUUGUUGAUGUAGAUUAAGAUUCUUGAAUACAGACAGUAUUUCUACAUGAAGGAUGAUUGCGGUCUACUGCACAUUCUUGAUCUUUUUUUGUGUGUACGUAAAAUCUUUUUUCAUGAACUAUACUGUUCGAUUAUCAAUCUUUAAAUUUUGCUAUUUUAA